AUGGAGGCCCGUCCAGUUGACCCUUCCGUGAAGGGCGUCUUCUGGAUCCUGAUAUCCUCGGCGACCAUCUUCAUCACCCUUCGACUCUACUACAAGUAUCGCGGCCAGGGGCUCCAUCGCGAUGACCUCGUUCUCUUCUCAUCCUGGCUAGCACUUCUCGCCAACGGAAUCAUCAUCACCGUCAUAUUAGACAUUGCCACCUCCACCGAGAUCCCUGCCGACCCCGCCGCCACUUUUGAAAAGCUCAUCAUCCUCGGGCUUUUCUCGACGACGCUUGCCCUGCUGAGCCAGGCCUGGAGCAAGACCUCCUUCGCCAUGACCCUCUUGGGCAUUACUAACAACCGAAGCUGGAUCACCUAUUUCCUCUGGUUCGCCAUCGUCACCAUGAACGUCUCCUUCGUCAUGUCCGCCGUCAUCUUUUGGAUCCAGUGCCGACCUCUCAAGGGUUUCUGGGACAACUCUGUCGAGCUUCAGUGCUGGAACCCCACCAUCAGCAUUGCCUACGGCAUGGCUGUUAGCGCUUAUUCCGGUAUCCUCGAUCUCGCCUUUGCGCUUCUUCCCUGGAAGAUCCUCCUGCCCUUGAACCUCAGCACCAAGGAAAAGAUUGGCUGCGCUAUCGCUAUGAGCAUGGGUAUCUUUGCCGCCGUGGCUGCCUUUGUCAAGUGCUCCAAGUUCCUCGAAAUCACCCCCGGCGGCACCGGCGACAGCAUGCAGCUCGCCAUCUGGGGCGUCGCCGAGCCCGCCGUCACCAUCAUCGCCGCCUCCAUGCCCACCCUGCGCCUCUUCGUGCGCAAGCUCACCGGGCCCAAGGAUUACGCCAUGGAGGAAGGAAGGGCCGCCGACGAGGUCGCUCUGCAGGAGGUCGCUGCCGAUGGCUCCCUCGUCGGACCAUGA